AUGCUGCCCAAACGCAAGACUUCCGAUCAGAACGACACCAGCAAAGAAAAUAUUCCUGAGGGCAAUCCGGGCUGGAAAUCGCUGUUCGGAUUCACGACUAGAAGACACCUGCCGACUCUCAUAUUUGGGUGUAUAUUCGCCCUGGUUGCCAGUUGUGUUACGCCGGCACUUGCAAUCUUCCUUGGCAAUGUGUUCGACUCGUUUACCUCUUUCGGCGCUGAUCACACUGAUGCCAAAGGGCUUCAUAGCCAAGUAAUCACAAGCUGCUUUGGGAUGAUUGGACUGGGAGUAGCUGGUUGGUUUUUGAACGGUGCAUACUAUGCUCUGUUCGUUGCAUUCGGGGAAAUGCAGGCUUCCGUUAUUCGCAGCCAAGUGUUUCUAGAGUUGCUAAACCGCGACGUUGAGUGGUUUGAGGCCAAAAGUGAAGGCUCUGGCGCUUUGUUGUCGGGAAUUCAAGCACACAUCCAUGAAAUGCAGAUGGCGACAUCGCAGCCACUCGGACUUGUACUGCAAUACUCAUGCCGUUCACUGGCUUCACUAGGGCUAGGCUUAUACACAUCAUGGAGCCUCUCUCUAGUAACUCUUGCGGGCAUUCCCAUAUUCUCGGCAAUUAUCGGCUUUCUUUCCUCCAAAAUGAAGUUUAGCAUUACAGCACAGCAGGCUGAGCUUACCGAGGCUUCCAAGGUUGCCAACAAUGCUAUCACCAAUAUUGAUACGGUCAAAUGCCUUAAUGGACAGGCCUUGGAGCAUCGGAACUUUUCUGAGCGCAUUGAGAGAUCUGCCACACACUACCUUCGACAAGCUCGGCUGAAUUCUCUGCAAAUUGCUGUCACCCGGUGGAUGAUGUUCGGGAUGUUUGUUCAGGGAUUCUGGUAUGGCAGUUCGCUUGCACGCGCCGGGAAACUCACAUCCGGAGAAGUUCUCAGAACUUUCUGGGCCUGUCUGACCGCAGCUCAGUCUAUCGAGCAGGUGUUGCCGCAGAUGAUCGUAAUGGAAAAAGGAAAGGUCGCUGGUGUUGCCCUGAGAUCGAUAAUACAGAGCCGGAGAGAAGACAAAAUUGUGAGCGAGGUCAAGGGAACUCGGUAUCCGGAACACUGUGAGGGUGAUAUCGAGGUCAAAAACGUAUCAUUUUCAUAUCCUAGUCAGCCUGACCAAUGUGUGCUCAAGCCAUCGAGCUUUUUCUUCCCCGCUGGCGAAACGACAUUUGUUAUAGGGAAAAGUGGCUCUGGUAAAAGUACGCUCAGCCAACUGCUGAUGCGGUUCUACUUGCCAAACUCAGGUGAAAUCCUGAUUGACCGCAAUCCAAUGCAAGAACUCGACAUCAACUGGAUCCGCAACAACAUCACUCUUUUAGAGCAAAAUAGUGUUCUCUUCAAUGAGUCUGUGCUCACAAAUAUCGCCUUCGGUCGCCAGGACCAUGCAACCGUCACUAAGCAAGAUGUCAAAGAUCCUAUUGAGUUGGCAAUGCUUGAGAAUACAAUCGACGGUCUCCCCCAAGGAAUCAACACUUGCGUUGGCCCAGGUGGAAGCUUUUUGAGCGGUGGCCAAAGGCAGCGAGUUGCAAUUGCCAGAGCGAAAUUACGUGACACCCCAAUCCUGAUCCUGGAUGAACCCACCAGCGCUCUUGAUCACACCAACCGAGUCGCGGUCAUGAAAGCAAUCCGUGAAUGGCGGAAAGGAAAGACUACCGUCAUCAUCACUCACGAUAUGUCACAAAUCAUGGAACAGGAUUUCCUGUACAUCCUUGAACAGGGUUCAAUCGUGAAAUCUGGCUACAGAUUUGCUGUCGAGGUCAGUCCGGGGAGCGAAAAGUAUUUCCAUACGAAAGUCGACCUUCAUCUGGAAACCAAGCCCCAGAACAAGAGGGCUGUGGAUGAUAUGGAAAUUCCAUGGGAGAGCUCAUCAUCGGACAGUUUGGACACCUUAAGACCUCCAACAGCUUUCCUCGGGCAUCGUCGAUCCAGGACAUCCUGGGCUCAGGGCCACAUCCCCCCAACCUUUCGCUCCGGCUCACUGGACUUAACGUCGAGAAAGAAUUCGGAAUAUGUGGUCAGGAAUGGGGAAUUCCCCGGAUCACCCUUGCAAGAUUUGAGCCAACGUCUUUCCUUAAUGACAGAAGGAUAUGUUCCCAAGUGGGACUCAAAAGAAACAACCAUUCAAAUUCCGGCGGAAGAAGUCAAAAUGGUUCAUAUUGAUGAUCAGGGCUUGAAGUCGGAUACAUGGCCUAAUGGACACACCACGAAAGAUCCAUCAGAAACGAAGCGCAGCCGGAGAUUACACGGCCGCCGCAAGAAAUCAAAUGAGCAGCACAUAUUGAAAGAACGAAUGACUCCGCUCUCUCAAAUCAUGGGCACCAUUCUGUCGGCGUUGACGAUCAGGCUGCGAAUCAUCCUCUUCCUGGGAUUCGCCGCAGCACUGGCCCAUGCAAGCGCAACUCCGAUAUUCUCAUAUUGUCUGUCGCAGCUCUUUGGAACCUUCUAUGCUGGAUCCAACAGUGAACACCUGACAAUGACAUGGUCACUUGCUGUACUAGGAGUGUCUUUCGGAGAUGGCCUUGCGUCCUUUUUCAUGCAUUACUUCCUAGAACUUUGCGGUGAGGCUUGGAUGGAUUCCUUUAGGAAAAACGCCUUUCAACGCAUUCUCGAUCAACCACGGGCCUGGUUUGAGAAAGAUGGUAACGGAUCUCUCAGACUCACAUCGUCCCUUGACCAAAAUGGAGAAGACAUGCGAAACCUGCUAGGCCGAUUCGCCGGUUUUGUGGUCGUUGCUGCAGCAAUCACCGUCAUGGCUAUUAUUUGGAGCUUGAUUGUUUGCUGGAAGUUGACACUCGUUGCUCUUUCCUGUGGGCCUGUCAUUUAUGUCAUCACUCGAGGCUUCGAGGGAACAAAUGGAUUAUGGGAAAGACGAUGCAAUGAUGCUAACAAUAUCGCGGCCGAUGUCUUUACUGAGACCUUUUCAGAGAUCCGUACCGUGAGAACAUUGACAUUGGAAGGUCACUUCCAUCGCAAACAAGCUAAUGCGAUCGCACGCUGCUUGUUGCUGGGGUUGAAACGAGCCAUCUAUACAGGUAUGCUGUUCGGUAUGGUAGAAUCGACAGUCAUAUUUUCUACCGCUUUGAUCUUCUAUUAUGGGGCGGUGCUCGCAGCAUCUCGCGAGUUCAAUGUGGACGACGUGAUGAUGGUAUUCUCGAUGCUACUUUUCAGCAUUGGAUAUGCUGCUCAGAUUCUCUCAUGGAUCCCCCAAAUCAACACCUCCCGCGAGAUAGCGACGCAGCUUAUUCGCCUUGCAAAACUCCCACAAGAUGGAUCCCACGAGCACCGCGGUAGUUUGACUGUUUCAAAGCUCACCCCAAUCAAACUCACCAACGUGAAUUUCCGAUAUCCCUCUCGGCCAAAUACAAGGGUGCUGAAGAAUGUCUCGAUUUCCAUCCCACGCAACUCCUGUACGGCGCUCGUAGGACGAUCUGGAUCGGGAAAAUCCACAAUCGCAUCGCUGCUAUUAUCAGUCUACGAAGCUCCGGCCUCCGAAACUGGACAACCCACAGUGACACUCGGCGGAGCAGACAUCCUUCGGCUGCAUGUUCCUACCCUCCGCUCACAGAUCUCCAUUGUAUCGCAACAACCAACCAUUUUCCCUGGCACCAUCCAUGAAAAUAUCAGUUACGGCCUAGAUCAGCACUCACCUCUAGCCUCAUCUCAUAGUGUCCGCACUGCCGCUCAAGGAGCAGGGAUUGAUGAUUUCAUCUCCUCUCUCCCUCGUGGAUACAAUACUGUGAUCGGAGAUGGCGGAGUUGGUCUUUCCGGUGGUCAGAAACAGCGCGUGGUCAUUGCGCGGGCUCUUUUGCGUCAACCUCAAAUCCUGAUUCUCGAUGAAGCCACGUCCAGUUUGGAUCCAGCGGGUGCGGAGAUCGUGCGACAGACAGUGCAGCAGUUGGUGGCCGUGCGACAGGGGCUUACUGUCAUCAUUAUCACGCACUCAAAGGAAAUGAUCGAGAUCGCGAAUCAUGUCGUUGUUCUUGAUCAGGGAGCUGUCGUAGAGGAUGGACCGUAUCAGGCUCUGGCAAAAAUGAAUGGUGGCAAGUUGCAUGCCUUGCUCAGUGACCCUGAAGAAGUUGAUGCUUAG